AUGGCAAACAACGACACCACACAAGACGACGCCGACGUCUUUCACGAUACCGUUACUCGCGGUUCCGACGCCGUUAUUAACCGCGUAGCGAUUAAAAUUCCGCCCUUUUGGACCGAGCACCCAGAAUUAUGGCUGUCGCAAAUCGAAGCCCAAUUCGUUCUGGCUUCGAUCCUGGCGUCAAUCGAAGCACCGGUACUGGCUCGAAUCGCCAACGCCAUCAUCAACCAACCAGGCACAGGCAAGUACGAAAAAUCGUGCAUUUUGGAACGCUUCUGCGAAAGCGAGCAGAAGAAAAUCCAGAAGUUGAUUUCGGAGACUGACCUUGAUGACAAGCGCCCCACACAACUGCUCAACGAGUUAAACGCACUCGCCGCAAACAAUGUUGUCGAAAUAUUCUUAAAAUCACUGUGGCUGCAGCGCCAACCAACACAAGUGCAAGCGAUCUUGCAAUUAUCGGACGCCUGCUUAGCAGACUUAGCUAAGUUGGCAGACAAAGAGAUGGAAGUCGGCGAUUUUCAUCAUAUAUGCACCGUUGACGCCAAAUCGGCGCCAUCCAGCAGCCGUUUUCGACGAACGUCUAGACUGCAUGGAGCAAAAAUUAACGCGCUUUUCAAAAUUCCAUAUUUACGGAUCGCAACAGCAUCACGACUUAAGGCUUGUUCUUCGGAUUCGGCGGAUAAAUUCGAUGAAGACCACAACACAAUGGCCCGUCUCGCCAUCAACGAAAAUUCCUCCAAAACACAAUUUUUCAUCAAUACCGGCGCCGGCAUUUCAGGGAUGCCACCCUGCAGAAUCUCAAAAACUAUGCUCACUCCAAAGCUUCUUUUCACCGCCAAUGGUACGAAGAUACAAACCUAUGGGGAAAAACGCAUAACAUUGUCACUGGGAUUCUUCAUUUCGACCUUUUUAUUAGCUGACGUCAAAUGCGCUAUCAUUGGAGCCGAUUUCAUUCAACAUUUCGACUUACUCGUCGAUAUGAAACGACGCAAACACAUUGAUCGAGCUAUGCUGCACGAAUUAACAUGUCAACGUAAAAUCAAUGCGAUUUUGUCCUACGAUACGAGCAACCAAUACGCUAGGUUGCUUCACGAUUACCACGAUCUCGCAACGAUUAACUCGAACCGGCUGCCAGCAAAGUCCGAAGUAACGAACUUCAUCCCGACCAACGCACAUUAUCACGCCCACGCCCGACGACUAGCGCCCGACAAACUCAAAGCUGCACAAACUGAGUUCUCCUAUCUCAUCAAAAAAGGAAUAUGUCGCCCCUCAAAAAGCAACUUGUCCAGUCCAUUACACCUGGUAAAGAAAGCAAACGAAGAGUGGCGACCAUGCGGCGACUACCGAGUACUAAACAACGUAACAGUGCCGAAUCGACACCCUAUUCCGUACAUACUGGAUGUAACAAGCAUCCUACACGGCAAAAAGAUAUUUUCAAAAAUCGGCCUGCAAAAAGCGUAUCAACCGAUCCCUGUCGAACCGAAAGAUAUUCCCAAAACGGCAAUUAUCACGCCUUUUGGGCUAUUCGAAUUCUUGUUCAUGACAUUCAACUUACGCAACACAGUGCAAUCUUUUCAGCAUCACAUAAACAAGGUUCAGCUCGAGCCAGAAAGCAGGUCGCUGAAGAAGAACGAAGUCCACCCAAUCUGCAAGCUGCAAUAUCUUUUGUAUCGGAGAAUCACAGCUGAAGAGCCACAUAAACGCAACGGUCCAGAGCAAUGCCCUAUUUGCCAAGAGUAUGGACACACUAGGUCAUACUGCACACAUCGGGCUGCCAGUGUAGUCUGCGGGGACGCCCACAGCUCCACUCAGUGCACUAUAAACAAGGACAGUAUCGUGAAGAAAUGUGGAAACUACGGAGGCAACCAUACGGCAAACUAUAAAGGAUGUAUGGUGUACAAGGAUUUGAAGAGUCGCAUGCGUCAAGCGACCGCAACGCCCAAAAAACAUCAAAAGCUACGCCAGACGUCUUCUUCGCCAAAACUGAGAGGUCCUCAUUCGGUCCCCUAA